UUCCUGUUUGUGCACCUCCUGAGUUUGUUUAGUCACCAUGGUUACGUAUUAUUUUCACCUGCCUCCUGUGUUCGAGACGCUCACCUGUUUCCAAUCAGAGACACUAAUCAAGCCUGCCUUUGCCGGUCACUUCUUUGUUUGCGUCACGCCACUGUUACCGUCCAACGUGACAGAAGAAGCGUCCACGUGCCCACUGGGAUAUUUCCCCUGCGGCAACCUGACCAAGUGUCUCCCACAAGUCUUGCACUGCAACGGCGCCGACGACUGCGGCAACCAAGCGGACGAGGAGAACUGUGUUUGCCGUCUGCAUCCUGGGAGAACCAUCCACGCAGUAAAGUGCCACCCCGUUGUAACAGUAGCAGCUCAGUCGCCGGAAGUUUGCGGACAAAAUGACAAUGGAGACAACAACGGGUGGCCUCACCUCCUGGACAAAUACUUUGGGAUACCGAGCCACAACACGGGGACAAAGUCCAACGUGUGCUUGCUGGGCAGUAUUCCCGAGCCGUGCCAGUGUCUGGACCUGGAGCUGGACUGUGAAGGGGCGCAGUUCCACGACGUCCCAGCGGUGGCCGUCAACGUCACCAUGAUGUCCUUGCAGAGGAAUCAUCUCCAGCGACUGACAACAGACGCUUUCUUCAUGUACCAGAGUCUGCAAAAACUAUACCUGCAGCACAACAGGAUUGCAGAAGUGAGUCCAGGUGCAUUCCGAGGGCUGUAUAAUCUCACCAGGCUAUAUUUGAACCACAACAAGAUUUCCCUCCUGAAGCCCGGUGUGUUCAGGGACCUGCACAAGCUGGAGUGGUUGAUCUUAGAGAACAACAACAUCCAUCAAGUCUCCUCCAAAGCCUUUUCUGGCCUCAACUCGCUGGUCUUGUUGGCUUUGUUGAACAACUCUUUGACCCGGCUGGAAGAUGUCUGUCAAGAAAUGCCCAGGCUGAACUGGCUGGACAUGGAGGGGAAUCUUAUCGAGACGCUGGACGACGCCUCUUUCUACUCGUGCAGCAUGCUGACAGUUCUGGUUCUGCAGCGCAACAAGAUCAGUCAUAUUCAAGAGCAAGCCUUCUCCGUCCUCCAAAAGCUGGGAGAGCUAGAUCUUUCCAGCAACAGACUGAUGAAGAUUCCUCCUAAUCUCUUUGUCCUGCUGGGGGAAUUGCUUCAACUAAACAUUUCUUACAAUCCCAUGGUGGAGCUUCAAGUGGAUCACUUUGACAAACUGCACAGGCUGAAGUCAUUGAGCAUAGAGGGCAUCGAAAUCGGGAACAUCCAACGCCGCAUGUUUGAGCCUCUGAAACAUCUGACUCACAUCUACUUCAAGAAGUUCCAGUACUGCGGGUACGCGCCGCACGUGCGCAGCUGCAAGCCCAACACGGACGGCAUCUCCUCCUUCGAGGACCUGCUGGCCAACAUCGUGCUGAGGGUCUUCGUCUGGGUGGUCUCGGCCACCACCUGCCUGGGCAACGUCUUCGUCAUCUGCAUGCGCUCGUACAUCCGCUCGGAGAACAAGCUGCACGCCAUGUGCAUCAUCUCCCUCUGCUCAGUGGACCCCAAACCAGGACCUGCGGGCCAAAUGUGGGCUGUGAUGGAUGCCAGUGGAAGGAACGCACAGUAAAUGACUUCUGCUCGCAUGAACGUUUGCCAGAUUGGGACUUUGUCAGGAGUCCUUAGUGUCACCUGAUGUGAGCCUGAAGGCGGCAAGAACAUUCACUAAUGCCAAGAAAUGUGUGGUUUUUUACCUCUUUCACAAAUUGCACGGAAUCACUUUCAAUUUGUCACUUUGUCCGAGUCCAGUAUUUGAAGAAAAUGCUCCUUUUAGGAACUAAAAAGAAAAUC